AGUUUUGGUUACUCUGCAGUGAGACAUGGAGCAGAUCAUGAAGUCCCUCAUUUUCUUCGCUUUUACACUUCAGCUGUCUUCGGCAGAAAGCCACUUUCUGCAUAACUUCUACACUGCAGUCACGCCAGGAAUUAAUUUCCCAGAGUUCACUGCUGUUGGUAUUGUGGACGGAGAGCAGAUUGUGCUGUAUUCUAGUGACAUCAAGAAAGUGAUCCCAAAGACAGACUGGAUGGAGAAGAAUGUGGGUGAAGAUUAUUGGAAUUCACAGACACAGAUUAUGCAGGGUUCUCAGGAGACCUUCAAAGCUAAUGUGGAUGUUCUGAUGAAGCGUUUCAAUCAGACUGGCGGAGUUCACACAGUGCAGUUGAUGUACGGCUGUGAGCUGCAUGAUGAUGGAACAAUUAGAGGAUACAGGCAGUACGGUUAUGAUGGAGAAGACUUCCUUGUUCUGGAUCUAAAUGCUGUCACUUAUAUAGCACCUAAUUCUAAAGCUGUUAUUACCAAACAGAGGUGGGAUGGCCUGGGAGUAGCUGCUAGAAAUAAGGCCUACCUGGAGAACACCUGUACUGAGUGGUUGCGGAAGUAUGUGGAUUAUGGCAGAUCCACUCUGGAGAGGAAAGUCUCUCCUAAGGUGGACCUGUUCCAGAAGGACUCUUCUUCUCCAGUGGUGUGUCAUGCUACAGGUUUCUUCCCCAAAGCAGUGAUGAUCUCCUGGCAGAAGAAUGGCGAGGAUCUGCAUGAGGACGUGGAGCUCAGAGAGACGCUACCCAACCAGGAUGGAACCUUCCAGAAGAGGAGCGUUCUGACUGUCUCACCUGAGGAGCUGAAGGAGAAUCAGUACAGCUGUGUCGUUCAGCACAGCAGCCUGAAAGAGGAGUUGGUUUUGCCAUUCAAGACAGGUGGAGGGUCAGUUGGUAUCAUCAUUGGUGCAGUCGUGGCUGUUCUGCUCCUCGUCCUCAUUGGAUGUGUUGGAGUUUUCAUUUGGAAGAAGAAGCAGUCUGGCUUCAAACCUGUUUCGGGAAACCCAAACGCCCCCUCUGAGGGAGACUCAUCAUCCAACAACUCUUAAAGACAAUGUCCUCAUGCUGAUUUGAGAGAGUGAUGGAGAAUGGAUGAUGGGGCAGAUAUGAAGAGAACAUUUAAACAGCACAUAAAUUACACAAAAUAUCUGCAAAUAUUUACUUCUCUAAACAAUAUUAAUGCGAUCUUCAUCAAACCUGUCACAUUUUGGGAAUCUGGGUGGUAACUGUGCUGUGCUUGACUUGAUGAGCUUUUGAUUUUGAAACUAUUUUUAUUUCAGUUAAAAGGGUUAAGAGGGUUUGAAUUAGUUUUGUAUUUGAGUUUGAUUAGUUUGAUAAUUAUGAUGUUUUCAUGUCUUUGCUGCUGUUCUGUUGACCUGUGCUUGUAUCUACUCUGCUGGAUUUAGGACAGAAAGUUUUAGUCGUGGUGUCAUAGUCAGUCACUUCAUUCUUACUCUGUGAUCUCUAUAGCUACACACUAUGAAGCUUAUAUUACAAGAUACAGUGUAAAGAUUUUCUGUUUGAAUUUUAAAUGCAGAUUUAUUUUUUGACAACUGGCUUGUUUUAAAUUCUGCUGCGCCGUAUACAACCAUCCUGAAACUCUGAAGCUCACUUUGAUUUGCUCAGUUUCUGUUUGGGCCAUUUCUGUUUGGAUUCAGACUGUUUGGGUAUGUCAGGUUACCAUGGUUACUGAGGGCAACAUCUAAAAGGCCAGAUCAGCCAUUGUCAUUGAUGGCACUUAGUUAAUGAUGAGAAAUUCCAGUUCUAACAGAUAUGUUUGUUUGUAAGGUCCAGUGCUCUGUCUGUUUAAAACUGAAUUUAUUGUACAGAUAAUCACAAAAUGAGAGACAUUUUUUUUCUUUGAUUUCUUAAGACGACGAAUGAAAAGCUUUUCACUGCAUUUUCACCUAAUUUAAACUGAAACUGGGCCAGUAAAAUUUGAAUACUCGUUUAACAGAUUUUACCAAAUUUAAGCAUAACAAGCAGAUUCUGCACAAUCAGCUAAGCUGGGUGACCCUCAUAAACCACUUUAACUUCCUCAGAAUUGAACUAAAUUGUCUUGCACUGACUACACUUUCAUGCUCCUUUCUGUGAAAGUGAAUCUGUUGAAUAAGUAUUCAAACAUUAUAUGGCCUAAAUGACUGCUGAUAUUUUUGAAAAGCUGUUCUAUCAGUGUAAAACCUGAAUGAACAAUAAACGGGAUUUCUCCACAA